CUUUAUCCUUAAAAGGCUUCGAUUAGACCGGGACAAUAUCAUCAGAAACCCUAAAAACUGAGAAAGAGAGAAUCGCUUCUGAUCUGUCAUUUCUGAAGCGAAAAGCAGAAGCAAAGAAAAAUGGCAGGAAUUGGUCCGUUGACGCAGGACUGGGAGCCCGUGGUGAUCCGUAAGAAGGCUCCGAACGCCGCAGCUAAGAAGGAUGAGAAGGCUGUUAACGCCGCUCGCCGCAUGGGUGCUGAUGUAGAAACUUUGAAGAAGUCUAGUGGGGGGACAAACAAAGCUGCCUCUAGCAGUACUUCUUUGAACACAAGGAAGCUUGAUGAUGAAACGGAAAAUCUUGCUCAUGAACGUGUACCCACAGAACUGAAGAAAGCCAUCAUGCAAGCUCGAAUGGACAAGAAGCUCACUCAAGCUCAGCUUUCACAGAUGAUCAAUGAGAAGCCUCAAGUGAUCCAAGAAUACGAGUCUGGGAAAGCCAUUCCAAAUCAACAAAUUAUUACCAAACUGGAGAGGGUUCUUGGUGUGAAACUGCGAGGAAAGAAGUAGAAAUUUGGCAUGUAAACAGAUCAAGGAAGAAGGUUACUUUAGUCUGAAGUAAAUUGUCUGAGUCUACUGUUGUGUGUAAACCCUUGACUGUCUGUCACUGCCUUCAGUUUGUGGCAUCACUGUAAGGAAACUUUCUUAAAGUGGCCCCACUGAUUAGUCUUGGGGACUAGAGAGAUUAACAUCUUAUUCACUAGGGGCUUAUUCUGUCUUACAGUCAAUGCGCUGCCCCCUUCUGCCCUUGACAAUGGAGUUUGGCUUUCAAAUCCUCACAAUGAGUGUAAAAAUCUUUUAUAAAUAAACAAACUAGCUCGUUCACCAAAAUAAAUAAAUAAACUAUUAGCUCAAAA